AUGGCCCCAAGCAGUUAUCAUAAGGUCGAUAUUCCUCAGUCCCUCACUGAAAAGGCAAUUCAAGCCUUGGAAUUGCUCGGCUAUGAUGUCCUCGAUAACGCAACAAUUGACACUUACAAGCCCGGCGAGCUGGCUCUUGUCCUUGAUAACGUUCGUGGAGUGAACGAUCACUUCUUGGGCUAUGUCAUAGCGGCGGGAAAGAAACCGGGGUACUAUGUUCGCGUAGUUGCUUCAGCAGGUUUCUGGUACUGUCAUCCGGACAAGGUCUCAGACGGUUCAAACGUUCUCAUCGUGCCCGAAGUAUGGCUGGAGGAACCGCCAAAGUACCACGACGGGACUGCGCUCAAGAUUCGAUUCGAGGCCGGGAUCGUUGAUCUCGAGCUCUACGACGUGACAAUCGAUGUGGACUCACUCGAGUAUCGCUACCAGCUGGGGGGCAGCGACGGACCGAAGCUAUCUGAGGAGGAGCUGGAGAAGAUCGUGGACAGCGUGGACGAUGCCUGA